ACCGCGAGGCUUCGUCGCCCCCAAGGCUGGAUGCAGCUGGGGCGAACCCUCUCGGCCGCAGAACCAUCCACAGCUUCGGCCACCGACUACUCGUCGCGAAUCAACCACCCACGACGACGGCGACGACAACAUCCACGGCUUCACGGUGUUGCUGCCGAGAGGAGCGCCUCUUCCACCUCCCCACCACACCCACCGCCGCCGCCGCCGGAGGCGUUCUCGGGGAGGCGGGGCGCAGAGUGGGCGGGGUGGGAGUGCCGGUUUUCUGGGGCGGACGGGAGGCCUGUCGCCGUUCCGGAGGACUACGUGCCCGAGUCGCUUCGGGAGUGGGACGUGUGGGGUUUCGAAACGCUCACGAGCGAGCAGCUGCGAAAGAAGGAGGAUCAGGGCGACAAGAACGGGGGCGGCAGCUGCACGGAUCUACUCUACCGCAAGCGGGGCAGAGUCUUCCCCGAAACCGGGUGCGCCCUGGAUAACCUGUCCCUAGAGGUGAACGCCCGGACGUCACCGCUGGAAGGGGACGACGUCUUCGUUGCCAGCUUUCCGGUCGAGGGGAGUUCCAGUAGCUCGGCAGGGGGGCACAUCAUGGCACAGCAACCGGUGGCGGGGUCCCCGUCCUUACAGCUGGAAGUCGGCCUUCUGGUCCCCGGAGUGCAAUUCACGGACCCGUCGAUGUCGGCAUCGACACCCGCUGUCCAAGACGGAGAACAAUCGGCAGCAGCGGCAGCGGCGGCUUCCGACGGAGGACAAGAGUGCUCCAGGGCUAGGGUGGAGGUUCGCGUCGACGGCGGUGGCGGCGGCGGGGGCGAGAACGGAGGGCAAGGCACGGGUGGGGCGGCGGCAACGUUGGGGCCGAUCGUGACGGUGACGCGGGAGCGCAGGUAUCGCAACGACUUCGACGACGGCUUACUAUACAAGGGUGGCGGGCUAGACUCCCAGAAGCUGCGCGGUCUCCUGCGGUCCAAGUGCUUCGCCGAGUGCGAGGAAUCCCCGACAACCGACGACUUGGCGGGGAACUGGGUCUCAGGACCGGGGCACUGGCAGCUGUUCCGCACCCACGCUGCAGGCGGCUCGGCCCCCCGCGCGUGCACUCCCACGGACGGCGGCGGCGUAGCCUUCGACCGAGAGACCGCCGGCAUCAAGACCCUGCUGCUGCCGGGCGGCAUCACCGUGCGCUCGGGGCCGUGGCUCGGCGCCGCCGCGGCCGACGGGACCUCGAGCGCCCCGGAAAAAAGGUGGGGCGCAGCCGGGGCAGCGCUGGCCGGCGAAACGGCGGGGUUUCCCACUGAGGAGGCGGAGCCCUGGGCGGUGGAGGUGGGGUGGUUCGUCGUGGAGGAUGGCGAGGGGGGAGCGAGUGCCGCGAUCUCGAGGGAGAAGCGGGAGGUCCUGACGACCGUGGUGGACGCGAGGACGACGACGCCUCUGGGGGCGUGGAGAGGGGCUGAGAGGCGGGGUUGACGGGCUCGGGGCGGCCGCCGGUUGCGUUUGAUUCGUUCACUUUUCUUUUGCCCCGCCUGGCACCUUUGUUUUGGCUCUCCUGUUUUUGCCCUCACCAUACGCGCCCAAAAUCUACUUUUUCCAGAGACGACGUCCUUGUUUUGAGCUAUCUUUUUUCCGCAUGUUUUUGGGGGGCUGCGUGGAGGUGGCUUGGGAAUGCCGGGCAUCCGCCGUGGCUAACACCGUGUGUCCAACAUCCGGAGUGAAGAGUCUUUCGGCUACACAGGUUUCUUUCAGGGCGUUGCCCGAGCGCUAGUCGCAGAAACAGGCGCGAACUUGCGCAUGGAAUCGAUCGCAGAUGGAAAGAGCGCGCGCCCCCGUGAGUAAUUGAUGGGAGCAGCAUUACACGUCGUUGUCGAAUUUGACAACCAAGGACGGCUUUGGAAUCAUGGCUUCUGUUUGGUUGCGGUCCGUGAGAUCGUGAUUUCAUCCUCAAAUAUUCUUCCUCGCGAUAGGUAGUUCCCGAUUUUUACGGUGCAUGCACCCAGCAGAAGCUCCACCCCGGGGUGGUAGACACCGUCACCAUUCAAUGCGAGGAAGUGGCAGCGUUGGAACCGUCUCUUUCCGAAAGCGCGUGAUUUUGGUUUCAGCAUCCUCGUAGACGUGCAGUAAUCGGACCUUGAAGGUCGUUCCAGGCUGUGCGUGUGGUUUGC